AUGGUCCUCAGCAGGAAAAGGGUGGAGUGCCCACUUCGGGUCAGGGAUGAGAUCCUGCCCCAAGUGGAGGAGUUCAAGUACCUCUGGGUCUUUUUCAUGAGUGACGGGAGAAUGGAGCAGGAGAUCGACAGAUGGACUGGUGGCUGGAGUGUGUGGGGCCAGUGGGCACAGUGCAGCAGCGAGUGUGGUGGAGGGAUCCAAACCCGGAUUCGGACCUGUCGGUCACCUCCGGAGGAGUCAUACCUGUGUGAGGGCAUAGUGGAGGAGGGCCGGCCCUGCAACUCGCAGUCCUGCACUGGCAAAGGUCGCCAUCUCUCUCGCAGCCAAUCGCUUCGCUCGGUGGACAGCCGCAAGCGUGAUGACGUAGACAAGCCCCGCAGCGGACAGCAGAGCUCUCAGACAGUAGACUCAGCUUCAGGUGAGGAGUGGUCAUCGUGGAGUGUGUGUUCUGCCACAUGUGGGGAGGGCUGGCAGAGUCGCACUCGUUUCUGUGUGUCCUCCUCCUACAGCACCCAGUGUAGUGGGCCACUGCGAGAGCAGAGACCUUGCAACAACUCUGCUGUUUGUCCAGUGCACGGUGCGUGGGACGAAUGGUCACCAUGGAGUCUUUGUUCAUCCACCUGUGGCCGAGGUUACAGGUCUCGAACACGAACCUGCACCCCCCCGCAGUUUGGGGGAGAUCCAUGUGAAGGGCCAGAGAAACAGACCAAAUUCUGCAAUAUAGCAGUUUGUCCAGUGGAUGGCGUCUGGAAUGAGUGGUCCAGCUGGAGCUCUUGCUCUGCCUCCUGUUCUAAUGGGACCAUGCAGAGAACCAGGGAGUGUAAUGGCCCCUCAUAUGGGGGUGCUGAGUGCAGAGGCGAGUGGCUGGAGACUGUCGACUGCUUCCUUGGAGAGUGUCCAGUGGAUGGCAAGUGGCAGACCUGGUCCUUGUGGUCGGGUUGUUCUAAAACCUGCGGAGGGGGGAGUCAGCAGAGAAACCGGAUUUGUUAUGGGCCCUUUUUUGGAGGGCAGCCUUGUCCUGGAGAGCGGGAAGAGGUCCGCAGCUGUAAUGAAAAGAGAUGCCCAGAACCUCAUGAAAUAUGUGGAGAGGACAACUACUCUAACGUUAUGUGGAAGAUGACUCCAGCUGGAGAUACAGCAGCAGUACGCUGUCCUCCAAAUGCCAUGGGGCUUAUCCUUCGCCGCUGCACCCUGGAUGAGGAGGGCAUUGCCUACUGGGAGAAUCCCACUUAUAUGAAGUGCAUUUCUAAUGACUAUCGCAGUAUACAGACUUUAACUCGGGAGCAUCUGUCCAAAGCGCAGCGUGGCCUUGUGGGAGAUGGAGUAUCAGAAGUAAUGACAAAGCUGAGGGAAAUAUCCAGUGAUGGAACCAGCUAUAGUGGUGAUUUGCUGGCCAUUGUAGAUGUGCUGAAGAACAUGACAGAGAUCUUCAGGAGGACAUAUUACAGCCCCAGCAAUGAGGACACGAGGAACUUUGUGCAAUCAGUCAGCAAUCUGUUGAUGGAAGAAAACAGGGAGAGAUGGGAGGAAGCACAACUGCUGGGGCCAAACAUCAAAGAGCUUUUCCGUCUGGUGGAGGACUUUGUGGAUGUCAUUGGCCUGAGGAUGAAAGACAUUCAAGACAUGUGUGAAGUCUCCGAUAACCUAGUUCUCAGCAUCCAUAAGCGUCCAGUAAGGGGUCAUGGAGGCAUCAGCUUUCCUAUGAAAAGCUGGAAGUGCAUGGUGGACUGGGCUCUCAGCCCUGAGAACAAGGUCAACAUUUCUAACAACAUCCUGUCUACUGGCAAGCCAGGUCGCACAGCCAUCCAGGUGAAUGUGAUCGUUGAAUGGAGCGGCGCAUCAAAGAGGGCUCGCGCGUGUCUCGGGAACCGCCGUCCCCAGCUCGCGGCUCUGGAGCGUCCUUGCCUGCCUGUGUGUCCGCGCGCAGCAACAGCCGGAUUCCUUAUUUGA